CCCUCAAAUUAUUAUUUAGAUUAAUGUAGAAAUAUGGUGAAUAGAGAGAAUAGAGAAUAAUUACAGAUAGUGUAUCUGAAGCUGAUGAAAACCAGCUGUUUGUUUGUUUUUAUGUAUUAGUGCAGCUAUUUUUGUGGUAAAAAUGUAUUUUGCUAUGUUUCAGAGUCCAGAUAAUGAUUACUUCUAUCAAAUAAUAUAUAUUUUUUAAUAGUUUUAUGUGUAGUCUAGUCGAUUAAUCAAUGCAGUCCUAUCAGUCAAACAGCUCAUAUAAAACGUGACACCAAAAAGCUGUAUAAGGUUGAUUGGUUGGUUCAUACGUAAUAAUUUUGACAAGGGAUGUUCCAUAAAUUUGUGAAACAGCUUGAACCUUUACUACACUGGAUAGACAGGUAUUUUACUUUAUAAAUUACUUUUAUUACGACUGAUCCAGGACUAAACAAGUGUAACACCAAUGUAAACCGACCCGAACAAACUCUGACUAAAGGUUUGACUCUAAGUUAGAAUUCCAAACAGUUGCCAUAAGUCUUUGUCAGGAACAAGUUGUGAUUAGUUGUGACUGAAACUUGUGAUUAGCCAGAACAAUGAGAAAACUUAGGUCUGUAAAAGACUUGGGAAUGCCACUAGAAGUCACCAGAAGCCACUAGUUAGAGGUGCACAUUUUAUUGAUUAGGAGAGACCACUAAAAUAGAUCAAUGAGAGGAGUCGGAGGUCACUGCUGUUGGGUCUGACUGACCACGGUUUGUGUAUUGAGUAAUUUGUCCCCAUGUCUGUACAAGUCAAACCCAAAAUUGAACAACAUGUUACAAUACCACUUAAAUUAUAUAAUCCAUAGACUCAACCUUCUUAAUUCAGAAUAGGGAAAUUGCAUACAGUUUUUUUUACAGCAAUACAGCAUCAUGGUCUGACUGUUCUCAUAUUAUUUGCUAUAAAGGUCACAAGCCAAACACAAGUUUAAAUUGAGAAAAAGCUAUUAAAAACGAUUAAUCCUACCAUAUACUUUACCCUUUUUAUGCUGUUAACACUGAAAUUAGCCCUACUUUCUAAGUCAUUAAAAUCUUAGAGCUGUUUUAAGACAUUAAUUGAGAGUUUAUACCAUACAUUACUGCGCUUUGGCUUCUAGUUUAAAAAAGUUGAAUGAUGUAUGUUGUCUGUUUACUUACCCCUAAUAACAUUUAAUGUCAGUUCAAUGCCUGUUCUUUAGUGUGAGCUUUGAACUCAAAUAGCAAUACAACAGUACAACAAGUUUGUAAUGUUUCCAGAACAAAGCUUAAUGACUUUGUUUCUUCACAGUAUUUUUUUCAGUUUGUUGGCUAUAACCUUUUAUAGAGAUUAAUGGCCAGCUCACAUAACCACAUAUAGGCCUAUAUAGUAAAGGGAACUAUCACAGUGUCUUUUUCGAUUAGUUUUCCUUCUGGUUUUAGACACAGAAUCUUGUGUUCACUCCUAUUUUAUACUCUCCUCUUAAAGGUGUACUGUGUAACUUUUCUGCUGGAGGAUCCAUCAGAUACUUUUCUCCAUGGAAAUUGUAUUGCUUUUCCUGGAAUGUUUCACAAUAUGGUAUUAAACUUUUCUAUCUUCAUGGAGACCAAACUAGACCAAGUUACAGGUCAAAUCUGUGGAGAGGCGACCCCACUUUAGUCAGAAUGUCUGUUUUUCAAGGUAUUUUUGAGCUAUAAAGCACCUGUAAUUGAAUAAAUGUAAGGUAGAGCUGUUUAAUGUCUUACUGUGGAACAUACCCAGCAAAGCAAUGACAUAGCCAUAGAAACAAGCAGGUUUGAAAAGUUACACAAUGAACCUUUAAUGUUUAGUAAUAUGAUUUUAGCUUGUCACUUGGAAAAUCUAAUCAUUUCUGAUAUAGUAUUAGGCUUGUUUAAACUCUUUUCUCCAGGGUACAAUUAAAAUGUUCCAGGUCAGACAGCAUGCUCCUUUUCCAGUGACACGUUUAACCUCCGUCUGGAAAGGAGGGUGGACAGGGCGGAGCCUUGUUUGCCAAGUCCAGCGGUCAAAAGUCAAAGUUCACCAGGGAGCUGAGAAAAAGGUGAGGACACACAUGUGAACACUGUCACUCCAGUCCACUCUACCGUCUGUGUCAAGGAAGAGGGCAUCUACUCACCCAAAGGUGCAAGUACCCAGAGACUGAUCAUCCAACCAGCCUCACAAGGUAGAGCUCAGAGUGGUGGACCAAUCUGAGGGUAACCAUGACGACCGCCGAGCCAACCAAUCAAGUCUUUCGCCGAAAUAUCAGUGGUCGCGACUCUGAUGACAUCUCCAGCCCAGAGUUGAGACACAGUGAGGACGAGCCUCUUCAUGUGAACAAACAUAUUCAGAACCUGAAAGGGAGACUCCUGGCCCAGCUUCAGGACCAGCUUAGUGAGGUUGUAGACCGAACGCUGUGUGAGUCCGUUCAGAUCUUAUCCCAAAUUCAGCCUCACCAAAAUGGGAAAACUGCACAGGCACCCAUUUCCAGAACAGAGAGGAAAGAUGGUGGAAAAGUGUUCAUGCACAGAAUGUCCCUUUUGGAUGAAUUGUUUGAGAUUAACCACAUCCGAACCAUCUACCACAUGUUUCUGGCUGUUUUUCUCCUCUUCAGUCUGAGCACUUUGAUUGUGGACUACCUCGAGCAUGGCAGGUUGGUCCUGGAGUUUGACCUGCUCUUCUAUGCCUUUGGGAAGCUGGGGACAGUCACAUGGGCAUGGACUCUUAUGUUCCUCUACACUUUACUUGUUCCUUAUCAGUUACUGGUCUCCUGGGGCUCAUUGUACCACAAGUUUCCCUCAAAGAUAGCUCUAAACCUGGGCUUUGGUCUGGUCCUGUGUGCCCUGCAGAUCUGUGUCCUUGGACUGUUCCCUGUCUAUGUGGUCGUACACAACCAGCUCCCCCCUGCCUCACGGUUCAUUGUCAUCUUGGAGCAGAUUCGAUUUCUGAUGAAAACCUACUCGUUCAUAAGAGAGUCUGUUCCUCUUAUUAUCGACAAUCCUCCCAAAGAAGGAGAAAAUCCCAGGUUUCCAACUCUUUCUAGCUACCUGUACUUCCUCUUCUGUCCAACACUUAUCUACAGAGAGUCGUACCCUAGAAAUAGCCACAUUCGAUGGAAGUACGUUGGCGUUACUAUUGGCAUGAUUCUGGUGUGCCUGUUCUAUAGCUACUACAUCUUGGAGCGACUCUGUGUUCCAGUGUUCAGACCUGACACCAACAAGGUUUUCAGUAAACGCUCAAUGGUGCUGGCUAUCUUCCAUUCAAUUUUACCAGGUACGAUGCUGCUGCUGCUCUGCUUCUUCGCCUUCCUCCACUGUUGGCUCAACCUCUUUGCCGAGCUCAUGCGUUUUGCUGACAGGAUGUUUUAUAAGGACUGGUGGAACUCCUACUCUUUUGCAAACUAUUAUCGAACUUGGAACGUGGUGGUCCAUGACUUUCUGUAUUACUAUGGAUACAGAGAUUUCCUGUGGCUGUCCAGGAAGAAGUUCAGAACAGCUGCCAUGCUCUCCGUCUUCAUGGUGUCUGCCUUUGUUCAUGAGUACGCUUUAGGAAUGGGCUUCGGCUUCUUCUACCCCGUCAUGUUCAUCCUCUUUGCCAUCUUUGGGGUUCUCUUUAACUUCACCAUGAACGAUAAGCGUCAGAGCCCGGUAUGCAACGUUGUCAUGUGGGCGAGUCUGUUUCUGGGGCAGGGUGUCCAGGUUUGUCUGUACUGUCAGGAGUGGUACGCCCAGAUCCACUGUCCUCCUAAAAGGGACAGCUUCUGGGAGCUGGUGACGCCUCGCUCUUGGUCCUGCACUUACUACAAGUGAACACUAUGUGGCAGGAGUGGGGCUCCUCAGAAUGAAAAAGAAGAGGCUGGAUUUGAGUUUAGAUGUUCUAGAUAUUAGUUUCUUUAAAUGCAGUGUGUAAAUAUGUACACUAAUAGCCCUUUGUAGCAAUGUUUUCAUCUGUUAACAGUGGUUUUAUAGCAUUUUUAUAAAUAUGAUGAAAUUAUUUGAACAUAUGUUAGAGGUUAAUUCAUAGAUGGUUUUGUAUUGUGUAGUUUUACACCUUGUUUAAUGCUUAUGAAAAAGGUGUGUUGAGUUCAAAAGAAAAUAAAUAAAAAUGAACAUAACAUAAAUACAAAUAAACAUAUAAUGAAGUGAAGCGUCCCAAUUUGCCUAUACAAAGGGUGACUGAAAAUAUUCUAUUGAUGUAGGGGGACCCUAGAGUUAUGAGAAUCUGUGAGAACCGGUCUUGAAUCUAACCACAUGAAUUAAAAGAAUAAGAAUAACUUUUAAUUGAAUUAUUAAUUAGCUUGUAGUAGUACUUCUAACAAAUCAAAAAAUCUAAUUAUAAUGUUACUCAUAUUUGAGAUUCAGUGCAAUACGAUAUCAGUCCAACAUGUGGAGACACUGGUAUGGCUGUCUUUUAAAACAUAAAUGUUUAAUGUUGAUUUUGUCACUGCCCUUGUCUGUCUCUUUUAAAAAUGGACCAUGAGUCAGAAAUAAAGAUGAAUUGAAAUAUCUUAUUAUGCUGCUCCUUGAUUGCUGUUGUAUUACAAGUAUCAUUGGGAACCCCUUAUCAUUAUUACAAAGCCUCUGU